AUGGAUACCGGUAUUGAAGCCGAACAUCCUGAGUUCGAUAGGAGACUCCUCAAGGAGAUUGACCUUACUGGGCGACAUGGAGAGAAUGACACGGAUCGCCACGGCCACGGUCCAGCAAUGGCUGGUAUCACUGCGGCCAAUUCGAACAACGGCGAAGGUAUCAGUGGGAUCGCCGAUAAGGUGAAAAUCCGAUCGAUUAGGAUAUCUAUUCAUGGGAGGGGAAUUACUGCUGUCCAGCUUGUUCGCGCGUGGGAGGCGGUGUUAGCAUGUGGUGAUUCCGACAUCAUAGUAUACGCCUAUGCUGGAGGGGUUUGUCGUAGAACUGCGAGUAUAUAUAAUUAUGUGCUGAAGAAAGCUGUCAAAAAGGACUAG